AUGCCUCGAUCCACUCGGGCCGCUCCCGCGACGGCGGCAGCAACUCCAGCAUCUGCACCCAAGAGGCGCGCAUCCGCCAGAGUUGCUGGAGCCUCAGCCGCGGCGCUAAAGAAACAAAAGUCCGAUUCGGCACCUGCAGCCCCUGACAAUUCUGUGAAAUCGACCGCCAAGCAAAGCAAGUACUUCAAGAAAGAUGAGGCCGCAAAGCCAAAGCGCAAGGCAAAGCGUACUGUGAAACCAAAGGAUGACUACUACGAGUCUGAAGACGCAGAUGGGAAUACGUCAGACACAGACUCUGAGUUUUGGCGCCCACAAGCAGCGACCACGGCCGGAAAGGAAGCAGUUUCUAAAGCAGUCAAGCAAUUCGCCGAGAGACGAAAGACCAAGUUGGAGGCCCCAGAGGACCCAGAAGAGAAAGAACUGUGGAGAGAAGGUGUCAAGACUGGCCUUGGGCCUGGAAAAGAAGUCUUUAUCAAGAAACCCAAAGCAAGAGAUCCCGGAGACACGCCGUACGCUGACGACACCCUGCAUCCCAAUACGAUGCUAUUCUUGAAGGAUUUGGCCAAGCACAAUGAGAGGCAAUGGCUCAAAGCCCAUGAUGCGGAUUAUCGAUCCUCCAAGAAAGACUGGGAUACUUUCGUUGAGACCUUGACGGAGAAGAUCACCGAGCAAGACAGCACUAUCCCUGAGUUACCUGCGAAAGAUCUGGUAUUUCGUAUAUAUCGAGAUACCCGAUUCACCAAGGACCCCACGCCGUAUAAGACACAUUUCUCUGCCGCAUGGUCUCGCACAGGGAAGAAGGGUCCUUAUGCCGCGUAUUACGUUCACUGUCAGCCGGGAGCCGCCUUUGUCGGCUCGGGUCUUUGGCAUCCGGAAGCUGACAAGCUGGCGCUUCUUCGAGAAGACAUCGAUACGAACUCACAAGGCUUGAAGACGGUGCUCAGGGAGGAGGGACUGCGACGUGAAUUCUUCGGCGGAAUACCCGAUGAUGACGACGAAGCUGUAAAAGCUUUUGUUAGCCAAAACAGUGAGAGUGCGUUGAAGACCAAACCCAAGGCCUCUAGUCCUACCCAGUUCGGAAAAGUGUCCGCGUUGCAUUCCACGGUUCAGCAUUCCAUCGCUUUCUCACCCGAGGUUACGACGGAUUUGAUUGGGACCAAAAAUCUACCAUCGCCAGGAACUGACUCGUUUCCUCUUUCACAGGGCUAUGACCUCGACAAUGAGAACAUCCAGCUCCUUCGCCUGCGCAGCUUCACCCUCGGCAAAAAAGUCUCCGAUGCAGAUCUCUUGAGUCCUGACGCGCAGGACAAGAUCGCCGCACUCAUUGGCAUCAUGGAACCAUUUGUCACGUAUCUCAACAGCGUGGUGAUGCCUGACGCAGCGGGCCAGGGCAACGUUGCGUCCGACUCUUCAGACGAGGACUGA